AUGGCAUUGCGCAUCAGGGAUUGUUGGGAUGUUAUAGCCAAUGGAUCCGAGAAGAAACCGGCCGGCGACGCACUCACGGAAUGGACAAAGAAAGCAAAUGAUGCGCUUACCAUCAUCGCUCUCACGGUGGAUCCAAGCCAGUACACCUACAUCCGAGAUUGCACCGAUGGAGUAACCGCAUGGCAGAGGCUCAAGGAUAUCUACGAGAAGAAUUCUCGUGCAACCCGAAUCUCCCUCAAGCGCCAAUUCUACGGCUUCGAGCACGAUAUAAAUAUGCCAAUGCAGGAUUAUGUAAAUGGCAUUACAGAUUUAGCCGCCAAGCUCAACGCGAUCGGAGUUACCCUAAAUGAUGAAGAUAUCACCGACGUCCUUAUCUUCAAUCUCGACAAGGAAUAUUCGAGCAUCGCCGCAUCCUUAUCAGCUGGCAAAACAGAUCUCAAAGUCGGAGAAGUUGUUAGCACCCUUCUCGAGGAAGAACAACGGAAAGGGGGAGCACCCGAUGUAGUUACCGCCCUUUACAGCAACGGCAUCAAUAACAAUGGCCGAGGACCGCCGGGCCGACGCGGACCGAAUCGUGAUCGACGCGAAGGAAUCAUCGAAAUGCGCACAUGUUACCUAUGCGGAUACAAGGGACACAUUCUCAAGGAUUGCCGCGCCACGAAAACCAAAGAUGGAAAGGCUAUUACCACCAAAAUGACUAUUGCCGCCCUCGAAAGAAUCAAGCAAGAACAAGAAAUCGCCAAGUCGAACUAUACGACGACAGCCUUUCACAUCCCAGUUACAAAAACAGAGCCAAUCGAAGGCGAGGACGUGUCCUGGUCCAAACAGAAUGGGGACACUGACCCAGCAGCUGCCCUCGACAAACAUCUCUCAGUCAACAACCCACCAAAGGAGGGCCCGUUGUUCACUUACCGCACCGCCAAGGGCUACAACGCACUUACAAAACCCAAAUUCCUGCAGACGCUAGCCAAGGCCGCUCGAGCUGCAGGUCUGGACCCGCUGCAAGGUCAUGGCAUUCGCAUCGGCUCAACCCUCGAGUACCUCCUACGAGGUAUACCUUUUGAGGUAAUGAAAGUCAAGGGCCGCUGGGCCAGUGACGCUUUCCUCACCUAUCUGAGGAAGCACACACAAAUCCUUGCCCCAUACAUGCAAGCCAAUCCUCUCCGCCACGACGAAUUCAUCAGGCUGACCAUGCCACCCAUCCGCCGCGGCUAA